UGUUUUGAUUUGAUUAAAAAGAACUGUCAGUUUAAAAAUUUUCGACUUCCAAGAAAAUCGUAAACAAAAUUUUCAAAUUUUGAGCAACAAAAAUGUCUUUUGACUCUUCCGGAAGCGACCUCCCCCAAAGAAGCUGGAACGAUCCACUGCCACACGACAAAAUCCCAACUAAUUCUGAAGAAGAAUGGCUCGAGCAAUCCUCCCACCAACAUCACGCCGACCAGACCGUCCUCCCGGAGCGAAUGACCAUCAAGGUGGAACCCAACACGGAGAACCUCUCGUCGAGCACGUACAACCCGCUGCCCAGCUUCCACGUCGACUCACUGCUCGAGUCGGGAGUGAAACCGGAGGAGAUUGAGUAUGUGGCCGUGCCGGAGGGUGCGAAACGCCGGGGACGACCCAAGGGGAGCAAGAACGGCAGGAAGGCGUUGCAGAAGAUGCUGCUGGGUGGGGACGCGCGGGACUGUGACUUGUGUCGGCGGAGCUGUCCGGGGAGUUUGGCGGAGGACGCAGUGGAGGGGAAGUUUGCCGAGAUUUUGGGGAUGGAGUUGGAGCUGCGGAGUGGGAUCGUUUGUAGACCUUGCUUGAAGCUGGUGGAGCUGCUGGGGGAGUUUAAGGUUUGCUGUCUGAAGGCGAAGGAGUGGUUCAAGGAUAAGGGUGUGGAUGAUGAGGGGUCGGAAGAUUGGUUUAGUAACAAAACGACGAAGGGUCUUGAACGAACGGCGGAUAUUAUUCGAGAGUAUGUUGGCCGCAUGGAAGCGAGCGAGGAUGACAACGUAGAGGAGGAUCAGGAGGAUGUGGAUUACAAAGGGGACGAUUUUGAGGCAGCCGAGCCUGAAAUUCAGGAUAGUUCUGCGAAGGACUCUGCAAACAUCGGAGAAGAUUAUGUGAAGCAGUUUUUGGAGGACUCUUUUCAGAGAUUGGACGCAACCGAAACCGACGGAGUUCCGGCGCCAAAGCUCAAAAUCACGGUGUACACGUGCGAAAAGUGUCAGCGCAGGUUUGACUCCAAGAUCGGCUACUGCUACCACGUCAAGCUGUGCAAACCGGACGCCGCCGUCCGGGAAGCCACCUUGCACACCUGCCCCAUCUGCUCGGCCGACUUCACCAGCCACUGGCUGAUGCGGGACCACCUCAACAAGCACCGGGGCGUGAAGCGGUUCAGCUGCCGCAAGGUUUGCAAAAAGACGUUCUACACCGAGCUGGCUCGGCGAUCGCACGAGAAGCACUGCUCGAACGAAACCACAAUCUGCACGUUGUGCGGCGUCCAGCUCAAGUCGGAAAACUCGCUCGGGUCGCACAUGGCGUACAUCCACGGCGAGGCCAAAAUUCCGUGCGAGGUGUGCGGGAAGAUGUUCAAAGCAAGGAAAGCCCUCCUAAAACACAUGACGGUCCAUUCGGAUGCGCGGAACUACCCUUGCGAGGUGUGCGGAAAGGCGUUCAAGUCCUCGUGGACCGUGAAGGUGCAUAUGCGGAUUCACACCCAGGAAAAACCGUUCCAGUGUUCCAUCUGUGGGCAGGGUUUCACGUACAAGUGCAUUCUCAAGUCGCACUUGGAGCAGACCCACGGAAGUAAUCAUAUCUAGGGUGUACUUGGGAGUAUUGAUUCUAUGUAACGUACGGAGAAACCAUAAUAAUAAAAAUAAUUAACCCAAAUCCAUACUUAAG